AGCGGGGGAGGAGGACCGACGGCACAGUCGUUAUGCCUCAGCUCCGGGAAUAUAUAUCUCCCCUCUGUCUCUCUCUCUGUCAAGCGCGCUGUUUUUUUUUUUCUCUUCUCACUUUUACCUGUCUCCUUUCUUUUGGAGAAGGCGGUAAGGAAGGCCAGCCGUGCGUCAUGGUGCGUCUUUGCGCAUUAUUUAUGGAUCUUUAAAAAAAAGUGAUUUAUUUUGCCUGGACUAAAAUGAAGCGCUUUUCCUGUGUGAAGGAGAAGAGAGGCGGCGUUUCGCUGUCCGUGUCUCUCCCUGAAUAUUUGGCUGCAGCUGCUGGUGAUCUGCGUGAAGACACUGAAUAAAUCGGGGCUCUCAAUAAGGUAAAAAGGGUUGCAGUAAGCGGCUUUUUCUCCCUCCGAUUCUGCUCUGUCUCUGACAAUGUGCCAAGUCCAUCCACCGCAUAGGAUCCCGUUGAUUUGCGACGGUUUUGCUUUUUGUCUUUUUCAGGAUUGAUUUUUUUGGGAGACGGAUUUUGGAUUUUUUGUUUUUAAUUUAAAGUGAAGGUCAAUGGAGAAAUUUGAUAAUCUCCUUUUAACAUACUAAUAACGGUUAGUGCGCCUGUUUUCUGCGUGCCUGUAUAUUUGUGUGUGUGUGAGCGUUUGUAUGUGUGAGAGCGCCUCUACCUCCUUUUUCCAUCACCCUGCUCUGAGAACUCACCCCCUGAUUUUUUUUUUUUAAUCUCCAUCCAAGGCUUACGCUGCAAAUUUAAAUGCUGGAUCUAUAUUUCAGCGACCAUUUUUGGCUGUAAAAAUGCUGAGCGGCGUCCUCUUGCUGAGCGUCCUCACGGUCACCAGCCUGUCACCGUCCGAAACGGAGAGCCGCAAAACUUCAGCCUCCAAAGAGAUCUGCAAGAGCCGCUGCAGCUGUGAGGAGCGGGAGAACAUCCUCAACAUCAACUGUGAGAAUAAAGGAUUUACCACCGUCACUCAGUUCCAGGCGCCCCCAAAUAAAAUCUCACAGCUUUUUCUAAAUGGGAACUUCCUGUCACGGCUCAGCGCCAAUGAAUUCGUCAAUUAUGGCAAUGUCACCUCACUGCAUCUGGGGAAUAACGGCUUGCAGGAGAUCCGAACAGGCGCCUUUAAUGGGCUGCGCUUCCUGAAGCGGCUCCACUUGAACAACAACAACCUGGAGGUGAUCAAAGAGGACACCUUUGCAGGGCUGGAGAGUUUGGAGUAUUUACAGGCAGACUAUAAUUACAUCAGCGCCAUAGAGCCGGGUGCUUUCAGUAAGCUGAAUAAGCUAAAAGUGUUGAUCCUAAAUGACAACCUGCUGUUGUCUUUGCCUCCUAACAUUUUCCGCUUUGUGCUCCUCACCCACUUGGAUUUACGUGGCAACCGGCUCAAGAUGCUGCCGUUUGCUGGGGUUUUAGAGCACAUAGGCGGCAUCAUGGAGAUCCAGCUGGAGGAAAACCCAUGGAAUUGCACUUGUGAUCUGAUUCCCCUCAAAUCCUGGUUGGACACUAUUUCUGUCUUUGUGGGGGACAUAGUGUGUGAGACACCAUUCAGGCUGCAUGGUAAAGACAUCACCCAGCUCAUAAAGCAGGAUCUGUGCCCGCGCAGGAAUGCUGGGGACCGUGUUCAACCCCCCUCUGACUCUCACUUUCAAGGGGCCCUGCCCCCGACCUACCACCCUGGCAUGAUAACCCCCACCCGUUCCCCAAAAGCUUCCCGCCCGCCCAAAAUGCGCAGGCCUACCCCUCGCAUCACAAAGGACAAACAAGUCUUUGGGCCUAUAAUGGUUUACCAGACGCGCUCCCCCGUGCCCAUGCUAUGUCCCAGCGUGUGCGUGUGCACAUCACAAAACCCUGACAGUGGAUUGAACAUAAAUUGCCAAGAGCGGAAGUUGCAUAACAUCAGUGAGUUGAACCCUAAGCCCUCUUACCCAAAGAAACUUCACCUGACUGGUAACUACUUACAAGUGAUUUACAGGACUGAUCUCACUGAGUACAGCUCGCUGGAGCUGCUUCAUUUAGGAAAUAACAGGAUUGCAGUGAUUCAGGAAGGAGCAUUUGAAAAUCUAACAAACCUCAGACGGCUCUAUCUGAAUGGGAAUUACAUUGAAUCACUUUCUCAGUCCCUCUUUGCUGGCCUGCAGUCACUCCAGUAUCUGUAUUUGGAAUAUAACAUAAUCAAAGACAUUUUACCACAAACGUUUAACUCACUGCAUAACCUUCAGCUGCUUUUUCUCAACAACAACCUGUUAAGAUCCCUCCCUGACAAUGUUUUCGGUGGUACCAUGCUAACGAGACUCAACUUAAGGAAUAAUCAUUUCUCCUACCUUCCGGUUCGUGGGGUGCUGGACCAGCUGUCAGCAUUUAUCCAGAUUGACCUUCAGGAGAACCCCUGGGACUGCACCUGUGACAUUGUGGCACUCAAAAAUUGGAUGGAGCUGUCCAGUACCAGCGUAGUGGUUAACGAAAUCACUUGUGAUUCACCCUCUAAACACGCGGGUCGCCUGCUGCGCUCGCUUCGCAAUGAGGCCAUCUGCCCUGAGCCCAGUGAGGUGCCCCCGCCACAACAUGCACCCCCUACAAAAGCCCCCACGUUAAUAAGCCCUGGCACUGUGGUCACCACUCCUUCCUCUUCUUCCUCUUCUUCUUCCUCUUCUUUUUUUAGCUCCAUCAGCCCCACUGAAUCCCGAAUCCACACUCCUGAGUUACACCCUGAGGUCCCACUUUCAGUUCUGAUUCUUGGGCUCCUUGUUGUUUUCAUCCUCUCAGUCUGCUUUGGUGCAGGCCUCUUUGUUUUUGUUCUGAAGCGGCGCAAAGGGGUGGAACACGUCCCCACAGGCGCCAACAACCUAGAUCUCAACUCUUUUCAAGUGCAAUAUGGCUCCUACACUCCUGAACUGACCCAAGACAAAACCUCAGAAAGCCACGUUUACAAUUACAUCCCCCCACCUGUGGGCUCCAUGUGCCAAAACCCUAUUUACAUGCAGAAGGAUGGUGAACAGGUGGCAUAUUACCGCAACCUGAAGGAGCUCAGCUUUGGGCCCCUGGACGCAAAGAAGGAUGUCCUCACACGCAGCCCAGGGGCUUACACCAUCAGCACAAUGGAUUUUAUGGAUAAAUCUCCAACAUCAUGCGGUUUGACCACGCCAGAUCCUCCUGAGAUGUUGUAUCAAAACUUGGGGGAGAGGCCCCACAAGGAGCUUCCCACAGCUGCAGGUGCCCCCCCUUUCCAUUACAAUUUUUGCACUUUACCUAAGAGACCUUGCAUCGUGCCCCCCUAUGAGGCUGCUACAGCCCGGCGGCAUAUCACCAAUCAGGACAGGUUAAACAAAACUGUGCUUUACGGGACCCCCAGGAAAUACUACGGGGCCGAACAUCCCUCCAAAAACAAUGAGCACCCGCUUCUGCUCCCUGGGAAGCUAAAAACAGAACCAGACUACCUGGAGGUUCUGGAGAAACAGACUGCGAUGAGCCAACUGUAAGAUAGUGACAAUGCCCCCCCCUCCCCUUAGGUUCUGUGCAGCAUUCAUAAUAAUCACGCAGUUAUUGUCAUAAUAGCCCUCUCUAUAUAUCUAUCUUAUCUAUAUGUGUUCAAUCCUUCAUGAUUGACUGGAAAUGAAUCCUUUGAUGAUCUUUUUUCUCUCUUCCUUUUCUUCUCUUUCUUUUUUGUCAAGAUGUAUAAACGGAGUAUAAGAAGUAUAUUAUUAUGCAGUUCUAUUUCUUUUUCUCCUGGGAGGUAUAAAUUAUUACUUUUUUUUUUGUUGAAAAUGAAAUUCCAAAAGACUUUGAUGGCAGGUAUACAAUGGGCAGGACUGCGUACAAAAACAGCUUUGUGCUUUUCAUAAAACUGUAUUUUAUUUUCCCUUUGGAAAACAGAAAAAAAGUAUGAAAUAAUUAUUCUUUGUAGAAGAGGAAAUGCUACAGAUUGACAUUCCUGUACAUACUUAGCAUACACAGAUAAAUGGUGAGUGUUAAAAGAGAACCUUUUCAAAAUCCAACAAGUGGCAAAAUCUUACUAUAGUUACUCCAGAAAGUGCCUUUGCACUCAACUAUUUUAUCAACAAUGCUCUCUGCAAAUGUUCCUUAUUUUGAAAGUGCUGUAUUUUAAAGAAACCUUUAUGUAAAAUAGAAGACUUAUUUGUCUGUUUAAAAAGGAAAAAAAAAGAAAAAAAUAAUUUGAUUCUGGGUGUGAAGUGAUAUAUGAGCUCUUGAUGGGGAGAAUUAUGUUAUUUUGCUUUGAAUAUGAAGUGUCUUUGGAGAUGUACAACUUAUAGAGAAUAUUGUAUGCUAUAGGGGAGCAAUACAGCGCGGUGAAAUUGCGCCAUUAAACUUUCACUGAAGCACUUUGUCAACAUCCUGAGCUUGAGGUAAAUUUUCUUAAGAAUGUGCUUGAUUUUUCUUUUUCUUUUUUUGGGUGCUGCGGUGUGCUGUGUUCUGCUCUUGAGUGUGUGUGUGUGUGUGUGUGUGUGUGUGUGUGCGUAUGUGUGAUGGGAGCCAGAGAAAAUGAAAAUAGAAUCACCUGCCUGCAGCUCCUCCUCUCUUCCUCUCUCUGCAGUCCUCUAAUGAUUGACCAGGUGGAUUUUUUGGGCUCCGUCUAAGUUGAGUGAUAGCCAUUGCUUCCUUCUUCCUUUCCUGACACAGCAUUUACGUUUUUCUCCAAGUGCCCUCUGCUCCCUCUGAAGUCUCCGCUCCAUCCAUCUGAUGGUGUACAGACAACACUAACAUUUGACAGAGACGGUCAAUAUUUUCUCCUGCAGAGACAAGGAUAUGUCAAGACAUCACAGGGUGCUUUGAAGUGAUUGUGUUGUGCUGAAGAUUUUUGAUUGGAAAAUUGAGAUUUUAUUUUGACAACUAGCUGCUUCUUGGGAAUUGUAAUCUUACAGGCGAGAGGAAUUGUCAUUAGUGCAGCAAUUAACAGUAGUGAGUUGCCCCUUGUGGAUAAGCAGUAAAAGGAAAUGUGCUGGUGGUGAAAAUGGAGGCUGAUCUGCAGUGUGGAGUUCUGUCUCUGCUGCCAUUUCUCAUUAGAUGCAGCAUUCCUUGGCAUCAUGCCGCUCAAAAUGACUCCAGUUAUGUAGAUAUAAAAAAAAAAUUGGCAUUUUUUUUAAUAGUGGCUGCUUCUCUUGCUUACAGGGGAGAAGAAUUGCAAUUAUUGUAGCAAUUGACAGUGGUGGAUUGUUGAUAAGCAGUGAAAGGAAAUCUGCAGCAUAAGGAGCAUUAACUCUGCUAGAAACCAUCUUAGGAUACACAGCCCCUGUACGCAACCUGCCAUUCAGAAAUAAUGCUUGUGCAUAAGUGUGUGUAUUAUCAUCCCCAGUGCAUUCAUUGGCCUGUCCUCCUCUUUUACUCAGCUGUGUGACAUAGAUGAACUGUGUUACCCGCUCUAAUGCUAAUUCUGUUUUCUAUCCUUCAACUCCAGUUGACAUUGGCUCUUUGUAUCCUCUGUGAAUGACCUCCCAGCGGCCAAAUUCUUCUCCCCACCCCCCCACCCCCCCUUUUUUCUCCUUUUGUAUACCCGGAGCCCUCCUCCACCUCCUCCUCUGUCUUUUGUCCUCGUGUUUUUCCCCCUGCUGGAUCUCUUCUGGCUAUUGUUUAGCUGUCCAAGGUGCUGAAAUGUUGUCGGCAACAAGGCCCCGCUCCAAUCUGUCGGCUGGGACUUGAGAGACCUGUGAGAUGAGCAAGUUUCCACUUUUUUGUGAUUAAAAAGUCUUGGUCUUUGUGUUGGUUGCUAGAUUUAAAAAAAAGACUGGGCUGCAGGGCACUGAGGGAGUCCCUUCAUAUUGCAUGUAAGCUGGUUGUAUUUGCUGGUUGUAAUUUUUGUGUUGGUAACUACAUGGGUUGAUUGCACUGAAAGAACAUAGCACAUUGGAAACAGUACCUUAAAGGAAAAGUUUGGUAUUUAUCAACCUGGACCCUAUGUUGUAAUGUUUUUGAGUUUAAGUGAAAACAGCAACAACAGUUUUUUAAAUUAGUCCAUUAUUGAAGAGACUGCUGCAGCCGCAGCUGCGAAACAGGCUGCAAUGUAAUUCCUACGAGCAACUGUGCACCGUACAUUUUCCUCUAUUAAAAGUGUUUGGUUGUGUCACUGACAGGCUCAGAUUGUUAUUAGAGGAGUCUGACAACCUUAUGGAUAGCACUCUAUGAAGAAAAGAAUCAUUUUCUUUACCUUUUGCUGAUCUGGUGUGUUUGUUUCUGUGUGUAAAGCCCUGUUCAGACCAAAGACUGGGGACGAGAUGAGUUGAAACAGGCAGCUACUUGCAAUGUGCUGUUCUGCAACAUUUUAAAAACCUGGCGGUUCACACCAAUGCAACUAGACGAGACAGUGUAUCAUAUCUAUGUAACAACUCUGUACUUUUGUUCUGAUUUCCAGCUUCUCAGGCUUUUGUGGCUGAAUAUAAUUUCUAGCUUUUUAAAAUAUGAAUGAAGAUAGUGCUAGUGAGAGACUGGCUACAGUUCCAAUUGUUAUAAUGAUGAAACAGCGAAAAAAAAACAAUCAGACACAAAACGAGCAUCAGAAUGUAUUCGUAAUCAAUAUGCCACAAAUCAGUCAGUGAGAAUGCAUAGCACAUACAGCGAGCAGUGGCUGCGACCCAUCAUCCAACACUAGCACACUGUGGAGACGGAAACACCUUUUCUCUUCAUUUCUUUCCAACAAACAUCGACCUUCACCUGAGAGAGCUGUGUUUGUGUCCCAUAAGAUUCUAAAGCCAAACCCUAUUCUUUUUUCCUAAACGUGACCACGUGCUUUUGUUACCUAAACCUAACCACGUGCGUUUGUUGUUGAAGGAAAAAAAAUGUCAAUUUGCAGUGUUGUACCGACGUAGUGUGUUUAUUUUGAAAGAGACUGUAUGCAAAUGUGGAAUUUCCUGUGAAAAUGAAAUCUUGAAAGAAGAGAACUUGACAUGGUGUCCCAGAACGUAAACAAAUAACACACCCAGGGUACCUUGCACGUUGUUGGUGGACAUGGAAAGCCCAUGACCAAAACAUCAAUAUGUGACGAGGUCAAAGUGAGAAUGUGUUGCUCCAACACAACAAAUUCUUCCUCCUCUCUCCAACUCUUAGAAAGAUUUCACCGUUGUUUUUCUUGCAACAAGUCACCUUUGGCAAGAUUUUAGAGGGAGACACAGUAACAAACAGACCAGGAGAGUGUAUGGAAAAAUGUUUGAUUUCUCCAUAGGGUCUUUUCUCUGUAGGAUCUUUUCUUUGAAUGAACGUAAAUUGUGCAGGAAAGUGCACAAUUGCCCCUAGGGAUUAUAUUGCAGCCUGUCUUGUGUCUCUCUGCAUCUUUCUGAAUACUGAAGCAAUUUCAAAUAUUGUUGUUUUCAUUAGUCACUUUGACACAAAAUCAUACAAAAUAGAGUCCAGGUUUAAAAAUAUUGCAGUUUCCCUUUAACUCAGGAUCCAUUUGCUGGCUUUUUCUAGAGCUUUCAACCACCUCUCACAGUCUCAAAGACCUUUGUUACCUGUGAAAAUGUUCUUCUGAAGAUCGCUAAAUGCAGUUUAAAGCUCUCAAGAUAUAUUUGCAGGGAUGUGGGCUUGCCAGUGAUGCAAACUGAGUCACCUUUUCAGAGAAUUUGCUUUGUUGCUGUUCCAUGUAAGCCAAGUCUUGCUGUUUAUGAGACUUGCAGUAAACUAUUUGCUUAUAUGGUGUUGACCUUUUUUUUGGAGUAUACGUCAUCAUUUCACUCAGUUGAACACAUGCUGUUGUGUGUGCACAACUCCAGCAGAACACAUUCUCAUCAUCACAUAUCACUGCUUUGUCAUUGGACUAGCAUCUAUGUAUAAUGUACUAGAUAUCUUCCUGCAUCUGCUGUUGGCUUUCCAGCAUGCCCCAACCAGCACCAGGAUACAGUCAAAAUAAACUUACAGCGUUGGUAAAACACCUCAUAUUUAUGUUCAUUUCCUUGUGCAACAAAAGAACAUGGUUAGGUUUAGGCAAGAAAAGCGAGUGGUUACAAUUAGAAAAAUACAUCAUGGUUUGGCUCUACAUUCAUAUGGGAACUGAACAGCGCACCCCUGGGCGAAAGUCCACGGUUUGUCAGUUUUGGUGUUGUUUUAGUGCCGUUGUGUGACACCAAAAUCACUGACAAUAUGAUGGUAUUUGACAACUUCAGAAUGAGAACAGGCUGAUGUGACAGAUAAGGGCUGAACCAGAAAGUCAGUCUAUUAUAUUUACCUGAUGUUAACACUGGACAGUUUUGGUAAGAGCGUCAUUGUUUGCUGUAGCUCUCUCCUUCAAAUAACAUUGGUUAAACUUGUUAACAACUGAUACAACGUUGCUGCAUUCCCAGCAUUGUCAGCAAUGCUAAUAUUAGUGACAUGAAUUAUGGCUAAAACAGGAAAUAUGGUUUAUCUUGAAAUCCUUGAUAAUGAAGGCAUUCCGCCGUCAUCACAUCUGCUGUCCCAGACUCCAUAGAGGUACAUCCACAUUUAUCCAUCUAGUAAGAAAUGGGGCAUUGACAUCAAAGAAUCCCCACACAAUUCUUCCAUGAUAAAUUGUUUCAAUAAACUAGUAUUAUCAGGCAGAAACCACAGUUUCUCUCAGUAAGCAGAGUUUAUGGAUAAUAUUGUUUGCAGCAAGAAUUGUGCAGCAGAG